CGGACGCCGAGCUGGAGCCGGGGCUCGGGUGCUGGGCGCCGACGCGGUCCUGGCGGAUCCCGCGCCCGACUCGGGCGCAGGACUUUUCGCCUCGAUCCACGCAGCUGCGGCGACGCCGCAGGUCCUGGUGCAGCCUCGGGACUCGCCGCCGCCGCCUCCGCGCCGCGCUGCAGCCCCCGCCGGCUCCGGAGAGCGGCUCCGAGAGUUUCUCCCGAGGAAGGAGCCGCGGACGCGCGUCCCCGGGGGCCCCGCCGCCGACCCGCACGCGCGGGCACCAGCCCUGGAGGCGGGGGGCCCGCGGGUCCUGGGCUGGGCUCAGGCUCCGGAGCCGCAGGUGGAAGGACGCCCCGGGGGAGCCGCGGAGAGGUGGCCAGGUGAAAGGCACUUUGGGACACCCUGGGCAUGGAGAUUUAGUGUUUGUCUUUGGUGACCGUUUGGUUCCCUGCAUCCUGCGCGCCCCCUCCCUCCUUCCGGGCCAGUAAAGGUCCGUCGGGCUUCCCCGCCUCGCCAGGCCAGGGGUUCGGUUCUCCGCGGCGGCGAGGCCUUCCCGGGCCCGAGGCCCGCCGGCAUGGGGAGCACGCUGGGCUGCCACCGCUCCAUACCGCGGGACCCCUCGGACCUGUCGCAUAACCGCAAGUUCAGCGCGGCCUGCAACUUCAGCAACAUCCUGGUGAACCAGGAGCGGCUCAACAUCAACACGGCCACCGAGGAGGAGCUGAUGACCCUGCCCGGCGUGACCCGCGCCGUGGCUCGCAGCAUCGUGGAGUACCGCGAGUACAUCGGUGGCUUCAAGAAGGUGGAGGACCUGGCGCUGGUCAGCGGCGUGGGCGCCACCAAACUGGAGCAGGUCAAGUUUGAGAUCUGCGUGAGCAGCAAGGGCAGCUCUGCGCAGCACUCGCCCAGCUCCCUGCGGCGGGACCUGCUGGCCGAGCAGCAGCCUCACCACCUCGCCACCGCCGUGCCGCUCACGCCGCGUGUCAACAUCAACACGGCCACCCCGGCGCAGCUCAUGAGCAUUCGAGGCCUCACGGAGAAGAUGGCUGUCAGCAUCGUGGACUACCGCCGCGAGCACGGGCCCUUCCGCAGCGUGGAGGACCUGGUGAGGAUGGGCGGCAUCAAUGCAGCCUUCCUGGACAGGAUCCGACACCAGGUGUUUGCAGAGCGGUCCAGGCCCCCGUCCACGCACACCAACGGGGGCCUGACCUUCACCGCCAAGCCUCACCCCAGCCCGACCUCGCUGAGCCUGCAGAGUGAGGACCUGGACCUGCCCCCGGGGGGGCCCACCCAGAUUAUCUCCACCCGCCCUUCCGUAGAGGCCUUUGGAGGCACGAGGGAUGGGCGGCCGGUGCUGAGGCUGGCCACCUGGAAUGUGCAGGGCUGCUCAGUGGAGAAGGCCAACAACCCUGGGGUGCGAGAAGUGGUGUGCAUGACACUCCUGGAAAACAGCAUCAAGCUUCUAGCUGUGCAGGAACUACUUGACAGAGAGGCCCUGGAAAAGUUCUGUACGGAGCUAAACCAGCCCAUCCUGCCCAACAUCCGCAAGUGGAAGGGACCCCGGGGAUGCUGGAAGGCGGUUGUUGCUGAGAUGCCCUCUACUCAGCUCCAGAAGGGCGCCGGGUUCUCAGGAUUCCUGUGGGAUGCUGCGGCCGGCGUGGAGCUGAGAGACGCCACCUCGCAGGAAAGUUCUCCUGGCAACGGGCACGGGAAGCCGUCGGGUCCCAGCCCGUACCUGGCGCGUUUCAAGGUGGGAAGUAAUGACUUGACCCUUGUGAACCUUCACCUGGCAACCUUGGUCCACCCAGGGGGCGAGAAUCCAAGCAGGAAUCACAGUGACAGCCACCGCUUGGCUAGCUUUGUACAGACCUUGCAGGAAACCCUAAAAGGAGAAAAAGACAUGAUUGUUUUAGGGGACUUUGGCCAGGGUCCCGACAGCAGUGACUAUGAUAUCUUGAGGAAAGAAAAAUUUUACCACCUGGUCCCUGCGCACACCUUCACCAACAUCAGCACCAAGAAUCCCCAAGGCUCAAAGUCUCUGGAUAACAUCUGGAUCAGUAAAAGCUUAAAGAAGGUUUUCACAGGUCACUGGGCUGUCGUGAGAGAAGGCCUCACGAACCCCUGGAUUCCAGAUAACUGGUCCUGGGGCGGAGUGGCCUCUGAGCACUGCCCUGUGCUAGCUGAGUUUUACACUGAAAAGGAUUGGAGCAAGAAGGAAGGCCCUCGAAACGGCAACGGGGUCACCUUGGAGCGAAGCGAAGCCAACAUUAAGCACGAGCGAUGAUGGCACCAGAUCUCUUCUCCGCCUCUGAGCCCGGAGCCGGGAGCUCCCCCUUCUAGAACAUGCAGGCAGCCCAGCUGUGGUUUGGCCUUCAGCCUGACAGCACUAGCACCUGGGCUUCCACCUGCCUCCCGCCUUUGUUUGUGGACGUUUUGGGACCUCUGGUGGGGGAGGGAGGUGCCGGAUGGGCAACUGGCAAGCCCGGUGGGGGCUGAGCUGUCCUUGUCCUCUGUGGGUGCCCCUGGAUGGCACGUGCAGAGGACCGAGCUGGGGCUCCCGGGGCGGGAGCGGCCGUCCCAGGCCCCAGACCCUGUCCGGGCCACGCCAGAAGCUCCCGUUGGUGACCACCAGUCCUCGAUGCUCUGGCUGCAAAUUACAUAAAGCUUUUAACUGUGACGGAGCUGAGCACUCUUCUCAAACAUUUUGAGUGGUGAUUUUUAGUUUUGUUUUGAAAACAAUAAACAGAGAUGAACCUGA